GGCAAUUUUUACGUGAAAUCUGUACAGACAGGGGAACGCAACGAACCUUGCUGCCUUCCGCUGGGCAUGGGAAUGUUGUUACUGGUAUCUGGGUUGUUGCUGAUGAACUGCUGAACUCUCUCACAUUUUUAUCUCGGUUCAGGUCGGCAACUGUAACUGUUCAUCAUCCUCACAGUCCUCUCACAAUGCAACCAAUGUCCAUCAUGAUGAAGAAUUCUUUGAACGCAACACAGACUGAGUCUCAAGCUCCAGUCAAUGAUUACUCUGAGGAGAUCAAGAGCACAACCACCAGCAGAACGUUCGGCUUGGAAGAAGAAGAUCUUGGCACUCCCUCUCUGUUUGGGAAAUCACAGGAGGAUAUCAUGGCGAAGUCUUCAUCGUCGCUUCCAUACGUACUCGCCAACCCCAACAUGACAGCGAAUGAAAAGUUUGCUCUCGAGUGCUUGUUGGGUGAAAGCAUUGUCAUCCCAGAUAGCGCACCGGCGACCCGUGAAUUGUCCGUGGGCGAGCAAUAUGCUCUUGACUGCUUGCUGUCUUCCAGCAGCGAGAACGAGGGGAAGGAGAAGAUCCGACGUCAAGGCAAGAGGCGAAGCAGCUUCCAGAAAAUGUACAAGCGGUUGAGUCGGCGUUGGACCCAAACAGGCGCCGCCCCAGGUUCGCCAGCUUUCCCAGCUCAAGCUUAAUCACGCAAGCAACCCGCCUCUUUCAUUGAAUACAGCGCUAUCAUUGGUGUUCGAUUACUCUACAAUAACUCUACUCCAUUCUAAAAAUAAUUAUUUGCAUAUUUCCCUCC